GCAAGGCCAGUUUCAGGUAUGCAUUUCCUGGGAUAGUGUUGAAGGAGGCUGCUGCUGCGGUUUGGUUUUCAUGAUGGCCACCAUUUUAUUGAGGUCCCAACCUUUGCAAAACUGCUUCUCCAUCUACAGAGGCCUGCCAUGCAACUCGCUGAUGGCCGACUCCUGUUCAGACAGAACUCCCCUGCAUGAUGCAGCGUAUCAAGGCAGGUUGCUCAAUCUCAUGGAGCUUAUCGCUCAGGGCUUCCAAGUAAACACUCUCACCAUGGAUGGCGUCUCUCCUCUUCAUGAGGCGUGUCUUGGUGGUCACCAUGCCUGUGCCAAAUUCCUCCUAGAAAAUGGUGCAAAUGCUCAGGCAGUGUCAACAGAUGGCGCUACACCUCUCUUCAACUCCUGCAGCAGUGGAAGCGCUGCAUGUGUCCGACUGCUCUUACAGCACGGCGCCUCCAUCCACACCACCCCCCAGCUGGCUUCCCCCCUCCACCAGGCUGCUAAGAAAGGUCACAGAGAGUGUAUGGAGCUGCUGCUGUCCUGCGGAGCUCAAAUUGAUGUGGAACUGCCAAAUGUGGGGACCCCGCUGUAUGCCGCCUGCAGGGCCCCUUCAGCACAGUGUGUAGAGCUGCUCCUGCAUUCAGGUGCAGAUGUCGGCCCUGGCUGCGGGCAGGAUAGCCCUUUGCACGCAGCGGUUCGUGCUGGAGAAGCAAACAUUGUUGAACUUCUGCUGGAGUUUGGGGCAGAAAAAGCCUGCAGGAACUCAGAGGGGAAAACUCCUCUGGAUCUGUCGGCACCAAACAGCGCAGUUAGAGCUGCUCUACAGAGAAAAGGUCCCUGCUCUCUGACUCAGCUCUGCCGUUUCAGCAUUCGCCGCAGUCUUGGGCGGCUUCGCCUUCACAGAACCUCCAACCUCCUCCUUCCUCAAAGUGUAAUUAACUUCCUCCUCUACAGAUGACACCUGUACAUAUCAUAUAUAUGUAAUCAUAUAUAUUUUUAUAUUAUCUUUUAAUAUGUUGACUUUUGACAUUUAAGCAGUAUUCACUGUAUCAGUUUGUCUAAAGACCCAGACUUUGUAUUAAGUCUAAGUCAGACUUUAUAUUUUUUUACAUACUUUACAUCUUUUUACAAAACAUCUUAAAGGUGAACACAGUCAGUUGCAUGUCUGAAUGUUGCUAUUUUUUCUUUAAAUGUUUUCUGAAACCUUUGUAGCUCCACAGGGAGCGCUGUGAAUGUCACUUACAUCAGAAUCUGUUGUGGCUUGAAAGAAGGAA